CGCCCGCACCGCACGUGGCCAUCCAGCCGCUGUGUGACGCGAUCCUAUGGUUUUCACAUCAAUUUGUUCAACAUAAACGGAUUUUUAUCACCUGUGGAGCUUUGCGUGUUAUAAAACUUCCACGAUUUAUUAUCCAAAGAUGUGAACGCCCUAGUAUCGAUCCAUCAAUGAGGGAAAAAUUCAACUGACCACAUCGGACAAUGCGGUCACAAGCUACAAAACCAUUACCUAAAAAAGGGGCUUUAAAUAAGACAACAUUGAAAUCGGGCUCCGCUGGAAAACAAGCUAAAAGAAAAGCAGUUUCUCCGAAAAAAGUCAAGACUUUAAUUAAAAAAUCUCUCGUAAAAACUACUAAGAAAAAUUCUACUAAAGAUGAAUCAAUCAAAAAAGAUGACGAUGUUUCAACUGGAGAUAGACACGAAACCUCACUGGACAGUGCUAAGAGUGGACAGUCUAAAAGUGGUUCUCGUAGUAACUCGCCAACAAAAAAGCCUAAAAAAGAUCCUAAAGAAAAGAAAGACACGGCUAAAAGUCCACCAGAAAGUACUACUAAAAAAGUUGGCCCUAAGAAAAUUCUGAAAUCGUCCAAGAAACCAAAAGCAGCAACCAAGAAAAAAGGAAACAUGGACGGAGAUGAUGUAAAGUACAAAAUUAAUGUAGAUGCUGCAAGGAAAGUACCAGCUAAAUUCUCUAAAGCUAAAACGAUUGUCAAGAAAACCAAUACAAAUCAAAACAAAAAAGGACUAACUCAAAAGAAACAAACUGUGCAGGAAGUUGAAAAUAACGCUGAAAAGAUGGAUGCAAAAAAUACUACCGAUAACAAAACUGGUAAAGAGGAAUCAGCUGAUAAAAAAGAAGACAUAAAGAAAGAUUCUGCCCUUAAAGAUGACAGUAAACUUAAGGAGCAGUUAGAAGUUAAGAUAAUUGAUGAAAUUAAGCCAACGAACAACAAUUCAUCUAAUCCACCAGCAACAACUCCACCUGAAACAACAAAAACUGAACACGAAAGGCCCCCAAAAUUUUUUACAUCAAGUCGACAUCCGAGGACGGUAGACAUAGAUGUAAAAUGCCUAAAAACAUCAAAGGGUAAUUUAAGCAUGUCAGAGAGGUUUUUAUCUUUUAAAGGCGAGACUAAAAAUGAUGGGAACAAUGAAGAUAAAAAAAAUACAAACAAUCUCGUAUCUCAGGGACCUGAUAUUGAUGUCUACACGUUUACUGAAAAAGUCGAUUCCCCCAAAAGCAUUCUAUCUGAUUUCCGUAAUCCAAUUAACAAAAACAUCGGCAGAGUUAGGCCUAUUGCAAGAGUGAAAGGUACCGUUAUUGACAAAAAAGACCCAGAAAAGAAAAAAUAUUCUCCACAUAGACCAAUUGAAGAAGUGGUCAAACAGCUGAAAGCCAAUAAACGCACAGAGGAGCUCCAAAAGGGUAAUGAAAAUCAAAAUAGUUGUCCUAAUGAAGAUAACACGAGCGCAGGUGACAAAGAAGAAGAAAAACCAAAACCCAUCGUUAGUAAGUCUUAUAAAAUGGUCGCAAGAAAAUCUAGUGUAACUGGAAAACCCUUCAGUCCAAUCAAGUUUUCUGAUCAAGAGCAAAAUCAAAAUAAAAGCGAAAAAUGCGCAAAUGUUAAGAAAGUUUCAACUAAGGCUAAACAGGCUAAGCAACAGAAAAAAAGUAGUAUGUCGGAUGAGGAACUUGACACAUCUAAAUUUGCUCUCAACACGAAAACUUUCCACUAUAGUUCUUCAGAUGAAAGCGUUAAUGAGUCUAAUGAUGACAACGACACCAAAGAGUCUUCCGAAUCAGAUACUCCUAAAAGUAAGAAAACGAAAAACAAAAAAUAUAAGCGAAUAACUGAUAGUGCAAAGAAAUGGACUUCGAAAGAAUUAAAAGAACUAUCUAAAGAUUCUCUUGUAGAUUUGAAGGAUGAAAUGAAAAUAUUUGGAAGUGAAAAACCUAGCAAGAGGCGGCUUAAACUUCUGUCUAUGUGGAGUGGACCGAAAAAACAUAGAAUGGCUUCUUUAAAUGCAAUGGCAAAAGUUCAUUGCUUGUAUGAGAAUGAAAGCAGAACUCAUAUGGAAUUGGGUUUGAUGAAAACUGUUGAUAGACAACCAAUUCCAAGUACCUCCAAGGCUCACACUACAACUAAAGGUAAAGACAGCAAGCCUAAAGAAAUUGAGAAACAAGACAGUACCUCAGAAUCGGAAUAUGAGCACAGAAAAGAUAAAAAAGAUGAAAGUUCUGAAAGUUCUGAUGACAAUCCACCGCAGAGAUCACUACGAGGGGUACCUGGUAUAAGAAGUGCUGGUAAAUACUGGGAUCCUAAAUCGUGUACUUCUUCCAGUGAGGAUAGUGAAAUGGAAUCUAAAAAGAAAUCUGCGACUGCUGAGAAAAAGAAGAACACUACGAAAUUGCAUUCUUCUAAUAAAUCUGAUUCAGAUUCUAAACCACCAGCAAAAAUGAAAAAAACGGUCGGAGUGCCGGUGAAAAAGAAACGCAAUAGAAACGAAGUUGUGAUGGACUUGAAAGACAUGGUAGUCCAAAAGCGUAUGGCCAGCCUGAACGCCACAGCAAUAUUAGCCGCUAGUUAUGAGAAGCGUUCACCAAAGUCUAGUAAGGACGACACUACCUCCGAUUCUUGUAGCGAUGAGUCUUUUACUCAGAAGUCAAAAAACGGGGCUGGUUCCGGCGUUAAGUCGGAAGUAAAAAACGAGGAUGCAAAAAGAGAAUGCGAGGAGACGUCGAUGACUGAUAGAAAACAGAAAGUGGAAGUAAUCGUGAACCAAGAUACAGACGUUACAAUAACUGGUGUAUACUCAACACAUCAUCACGAGGGUUUCUGCACUGUGUCCGGAAUGCAGUACCGUAUCUCCUCUACAAGUCACACCCAAACAACCGCAACAGCUAACUGUGAAAAGGAGGGAUGUUCUCGAGAUGAAUCCCGCUACACGCCACUCUCUGCGCUGUCCUCAAUGAAGCCCCCUGCCGACCAACCACAUGGUCAUCCACAUCCAGUACCAGAACUCGGCGGGCUAGCGCGUCGUGCCGCUGGUUGUUCCAGCGCCUUCUCAGCACCUUCGCCUUCGGCACAUCAUGAUCCAGGAUAUUACCAGCCGGCCGGACCGCUGAUCAAAGAAGGCGGACCAGAAGCAGAGCGGGCGUUGACCAGAUACCACACCCCGCCACACUACCACACCCCGCAUCCACCUGUGCUACAGCAGUACGGGCCGCCGUCAUAUUACCCCGCGGACCUAUGCUACGGACGGUAUUACAGACCUCCGGGACCAUACCACAUGCCGCCACAGCCCGAUGCACCGAUGGUAGGCGUUGGCAGCGAGCCGUAUCCUCCACCACAAUAUUACGGCAAUUGUUAUCAGCAUUCGCCUCAAAGGAUACCAUAUGAAUUUCGCGGAUGCCCCUGCCCUUUAAAUCCGUUUCCAAAAAACGUCCUUAUUGGGCCGGCUACUGGUAAACCCCCGACCGGUGGCGGCCCAGCCGACAUAACUUCAGCAAUAGCGCCGCCCGGGGGCGCCUUCAGAGCGAAGGUGCGAGCGUGCGCACUGGACACCGUUGCAGAUACACACGGUAGCGGGAAAGAUCCACCGCUAGAACAAGAACCACCAGCAGCAGCGGACGCGCCUCAUCCUUGUCCUUUACCAGCAAUUGGAGGCGCUUCUCCUAAACGUGAACUUUACGAUGUGCGGGAAAACCUACGUCUGGCGGGUGACAUUCCCGGCCCGGUUGAGGCUUUAGGCCCUCCGUCACCCGCCCGUGGCUCCGCUGGAGCUUGCGCUCCGCAACCACCGACAGUAGCGCCCCGAAGAGCUCGUCUUGGUAAAGCAAUGGCGAGGCGAUCCCUGGUGGGAGAUGACACUGGACUGUUACUGUCAAUCCCUCAACCACCACCUGCCCAUCACAGCGAUGCAGAUGAUGAUGUAAUGGCAAUAUCACCUCCUACUUGCGCGCCAAUAGAUUUGUCUUCUUCGGACGAACGUUCAACACCUUUAGUUGAUGUCAAGAAAGAAAACGAGGGUCCAACAUGUGCAGCGUCUCGAAAACCAGAAGCACUAGCACUUAGAGAACACAAUAGCACAACAACUGUUUCUGAAAAUGCUACAGCUACUAGCACAGAUGCUGCUAAACAAGUUAAACGGAGAUAUUCCAAACCAAAACUAGAAAUAGACAUGAAAGACACUCAACUUGAAGACAGCUGCAAAACUAAUGGGAUUGGUGAACAUGUCAAGCUACAAAAACGCAGAAAAGUGUCAAUUGAUCAAAUUAGCCUUAUGCGAGUUGAGACUGUUACGAAAGAGACCAAGAAGAGAUCACCUCAAACUAAAAGAACACCGAAAACUCCGAGCGAUAAGAGAACAGUCAAAAGGAAGUCUGACAGUACCCCAAAUACACCCAAGGCUAAACGCAUGUUAAUGGAUGCGCCUGAUGAGAAAGGACACAAAUCCCUAGCCAUUCUAGCAGAGGACCCUGCUUCUAUGAAACCCAAGAUCAAGAGUGCGCUUUUACUAGACAACCUAAUUCGAAAGAAUAGCAUCGACCGAGCCGGCGCAAAACAAAUGAAUCCAGCAGAACUAUUCCCAUCUCCUGACGAGAAUAUCUCUACUACAUCUAAGAAAACUUUGAAUAUUAACAACAAUAUUGUAGAGAGCAAUCCACCAGUUACAGGUGUGCGGUCUAACACCAUUGCAGCAGUAAGUCAAUUGAUAGAAAAAAAAUUGUCAUAUAAACAUGCGUGCAAAUUAGAAAAAAUUGAUUCUAAAAUAACGCACAGUUCGAAAUCAGUAUUAAAACCACCCACCGAUAAAUUGAAAACAAACGAAGAUUUCGCGCUGAUCAGUGAUAUAUAUAAAUCGAAAAGUGAUAAAAUAAUGUGUAAAGACAGUGAAUUAAAGUCGGUCCCUACCGUUAAAGACAAAGGUGAGUUUGUUAAAGACAGUGGUGAAGAUCUUAUUAGUGAUAGUGAUAUUAAAAAUAAUGCUGCGGUCGAGGACGCAUUAAAAUCCUUAAAGGUUUUUAAAUCCAAGCCUAAAGCGGGUAAAAAGGAUGAAGUGAAAGUAAAGCCUGCAGAUGAAUCUCACAUUACAUUAGAUAAGCCCUUGGAAACUAUAGAAUCUGUUGAAAACAAACCAUCAGAUACGCAAAUAAAUAAAGCAAAACGCUGCAAAUUGUCAACCAACAAGACCAAACUUAAGAAAAGCAUUGAAAAGGUGGCCAAGCUUCUCGUGUCAAAGAAACCUGUUAUUAAGACUGAUGAAAUUGCGAGUGGUGAUGACACAAGUGACAAAAAAGAAAUUGUAGAGGAAAUUCUAGACAAAGUUUCUGAGAAAGCAAUAAAAUUACCUAAAGCCAAUGGAGAAUUAAAAGCUAAAAGCAUAGAAAGGGUAGCCAAACUGCUGGUGUCAAAGAAACAUAUUACUGAUGCCGAUUCCGUUCCAGUACCAGAGGACAAAGAGCCUACGAGGGAAUCGAUUGAACGAAUUACUGACGUACCAUCUGAACUGGCAAUGCCCGAAAAGACAUUGCCGAAAAGAUGCAAGCUAGCAAAUGGUGAAAUGAAGGCAAAAAAUGUAGAGAAAGUGGUAAAAUUGUUAGUGUCUAAGAAGCCAGCAAUAAAAACGGAUGAAGCUACUAUGGUGAUUGAAGAUGCUUGCGCUUCGUCGCCGGGACCUCACGUAGGACGGCGCGCGAGGCGACGACGUAGCGGUGCAGGGACGCGACGGGUGCGGCGGACGUUGGCUCCUCUCGCUCCACCCUCCUAUGAGCCUCGCGCCCCGCCACGAUGGAGCAACGGAUGGAAAUGGGACGGAGAAAAUUAUAUCUCGAAAGUCUACCUCAAUAACGAUUCCCGCCUGGAUCGCACAGCGCGAUGCUGGCCCCGUAUGACGCACGAGAGUGGUGACAGCGUAGGCCGGGGUGACUGCGUGCUGCUCAGGGCCUCCACAGCCAGAGCACAGCCGUUUGUAGCCAGGAUCGCUAGUCUAUGGGAGAAUCCUGAAGACGGCGAAAUGAUGGUAUCUCUAGUAUGGUACUACCGGCCGGAGCACACAGAACGCGGGCGCGAGCCAGCUGACGCACCCGAUGAGGUCUUCGCCUCAAGACACCGGGACGCUAAUUCCGUCGCCUGCAUCGAGGAUAAAUGCCACGUGCUCACUUUCAAUGAAUACUGCCGUUACAGGAAACGGCUAAAAGCGCAAGAAGAGGGCGUUACAAUCACUCCAUCGAUCGUCCCACCGUUACCGCCAAGCGAGAUCACCCCGGCCGUCGCUCCGAAUGACUCCAAAUUACCCCCCGGCGUGUCCCCCGAGCUCGUUCUCUUCUGCCGCAAGAUUUACGACUUCAGAUCCAAGAAGAUACAAGUCCCUAACAAAUGAACAACUUUUAACAACAUAUUUGGAUGUUAGUAACCCCCGAGUCUACGAAGAACACGUAUUAAUAUUUUGUAAGUUAAAAAGGAAUUAACACCAAAGCUACAUUACGAAUUUUUAUGUCUCUUCUUAACUCGGUGAAAGGUAUUGAUUGUUCCUCGGGACACUUCUGAAGGAUUACUAUUAUAUUGUAGUCUCC